AUGCCGAUUUUAAGCAAACUCAAUAAACGAGUUAGAGCUCGGGUGGAAGAAGACGAUUUUGAACAUUUCUCACAGGAAUCGGCCUCUGAUGGGAGCGAAUUGGGGGAAGAAGAUGAGGAGACUGAUGAUAGCGACGGAUCAACCAGUGAGAGUGACGAUGGCAGUGGUAGGGAUGGUGAUGAAUCCGAGAAUGAGGAUUUAGAGUCCGACUCUGCCUCCGAUGCAAACUCCGAUAUAACCUCUUCCUUAAACAACAUAUCCUUCGGCGCUCUCGCAAAGGCCCAGGCAUCCCUGGGGAAACGAAAGCGGUCCACUACCUUAACAGCAGACAUCGCGUCCAAGAGGCCAAAAGGCCCAAGUCGAAGCCCCCCCGCACCCUCGUCCAAGGAAGAUCAAAAAUACCCUAACGCCACAAAACCCCCUCAAAAACUUUCCCACCGCACCUCCAAACACGCCCCAACAAUCCAAUCAUCUCGCCACGCCGUCACUCGCAAACGCACCGUAAUCGAAACCCCCGCAAUCCCCCAAGCCCGCGACCCACGCUUCGACUCCGUCGUCCUAAACCACAGCACAAACGGCAACCCAUCCAUCGCCACCAACGCUACCAUCCAUGCGAGUAAAAAUUACGCUUUCCUCAACAGCUAUCGCACAGAAGAGCUGUCACAGCUCCGCAAGCGCCUGCAGAAUUUACAACGGGAGAAGAGCAAAGACACACAUGACGAGCGCGAGAUUGAACGGCUCAAGAGGCAGAUUACGUCUAUGAGUGAUCGGAUGCAGACGUUUGAGCGCAAGGAGAUGGAGCGGGAGGUGCUGGCGGGCCAUAGGCGGAAGGAGCGCGAGGCAAUUCGCGAGGGGAAGAAGAGCCAGCCGUGGUUUUUGAAGAAGGGGGAUGUGAAGCGUGAGGUGGUUACGAGGAGGUUUACGGAGAUGAGUGGGAAGGAAAAGCAGAGGGCGUUGGAGAGGAGGCGGAAGAAGAUUGCUAGUAAGGAGAAGAAGGAGAUGCCAUGGGCCAGGAGGGGGGUUGAGUAA